CAACAAGAAAAAGCAAACAAAAGAAAAAAUCAUUUUAUUUAUCACUUCAUCUUUUGAAUUUUAGACGGAGUCCAAGCGGAAGUUCUCUCAAACUAACGGGAAUAGACGGCGGAUUCCAACAUUGUCCGUCAAUUCCCUUUAGUAUUCAUGGAAUAUUCCGUCACAUUAAUGGCGUCAAAUCCACCGUCUUCAUCUUCUUCUUCGUCUGCCUCUUCUAUUACCCGUUAUUUCUCAGAAAGGCAACAAGAAAGAAUAUUCAAUAGAAUAAUCCAAUGUUUUUGAUACUCAAACACGAAUCUUUUUCUUCUCCUUCUUCCUUAAAUACCCUCAUCCUUUUUAAUCCCCUUUCCUCAUCAACAAUCUCCACAAUCCCAUCUAUAUCCUCCUAAUUUCAUCUUCUUCUUCUUCUUCUUCUAUCUUAUUACAUUACUCUGUUUCUGUUUGAUCAUCAACAAUGGCUGCUAUUAAAGCUGUUCAUGUUUCUGAUGUACCACAUCUUGAUCAAGUUACUGAAAAUGCAUCUAUCUAUACGAACCGAUUCAAUAAAGGAAUCGAUUGUGUUAAAGCUACACUUACGCCACCGAAGUUUUGUGUUAUUGGGCAUAGAGGAAGUGGUAUGAAUAUGUUAUACUCAUCUGAUAACAGGAUGAAAGCUAUCAAAGAGAAUUCAAUCAUAUCUUUUAAUAACGCCGCUAAGUUCCCCGUCGAUUUUGUUGAAUUCGACGUUCAGGUGACAAAAGAUGAUAUACCGAUCAUUUUCCAUGACGAUCUAAUCUUCAACGAAGAAAAUGGCACAAUUUCUGAGAAAAGAGUUACUGAAAUUACUUUAGCUGAGUUUCUCAGCUAUGGACCUCAAAGAGAGCCUGGAAAUGCUGGUAAAUCUCUGGUUAGAAAGACUAAAGAUGGUAGAAUUUUCAACUGGAAAGUUGAAAAUGAUGACUCUCUAUGCACUUUGCAAGAGGCAUUUCAGAAGGUUAAUUCAUCUUUGGGAUUCAAUAUCGAGUUGAAGUUCGAUGACUAUGUUAUCUACAAGGAGGAAGAGCUAGUUCAUGCUCUUCAAGCAGUCUUAAAAGUGGUGUUCGAGUAUGCCAAAGAGAGACCUAUUAUCUUCUCAACGUUCCAACCAGAUGCUGCACGGCUAAUCAGGAGUUUACAGAAUACGUAUCCUGUUUAUUUCUUAACAAACGGCGGAAAUGAAAUUUACUCAGAUGUAAGAAGGAAUAACUUGGAUGAAGCCAUAAAAAUGUGCCUAGAGAAUGGCUUGCAAGGGAUUGUAUCAGAAGUUAAAGGCAUCUUCAGAAAUCAAGAAGCUGUGCCUAGGAUUAAAGACGCUCAUCUUUCGCUAUUAUCCUACGGUCAAUUAAAUAAUGUGGCAGAAGCAGUUUACAUGCAAUAUCUAAUGGGUGUUGAAGGGGUAAUUGUGGAUUUUGUUGGGGAGAUAACAGAAGCAGUCUCUGAUUUGAUACAAGUGAAAAAGGAAGAGGAAAAGAGUGGGGAAGCAGCAUCAGUAGGAGAAGAAUUAGGGAAAUUACAAGUGACGAAUAAAAGACCCAACUUCACACAAUUGGAACUAACAUUUUUACAGAAGCUCAUUUCCCAAUUGAUACAACAUUGAAAUUUUAUAUGCCAGGGCUAGAAAAAAAAACAACAUGCAUUUGAGGCCCUUUAUACUAACACGGCAAACCCAUUAUAGUUUGGGACUUUUUUUUUUCUCUCUUUGUUGCCUUUCCUUUUCCCUGUUUUUUCUACUACUUUUUGAGGAAGUACUAGUGUGGAGAAGUAUUGCAUUGUAUGUAUAUUAAACCUACUGAUUUAUGUUCAUCAGUAAAAUCUAUCACUGAAACAUUUAUCCAAGUUCUUAAGAAAUGAACGAGUGGAGUUUCUUAUCCUUUUUGUUGUCGUUGAGUGGGUUUUGCAACGGCAGUUUAGCUCCGGGUUUUGUGAUUGGUUUUA